AUGAAUAUCGGGAGUCUUUUACCGAAGCCCUCGGCGAGGCGGGGUGGUGGUGGUGGUGGAAAUAAUGAGGAUUCUCCUGCGGGUUCGGCGGUUGAUGCGCCAGGUGGUGGUGGUGAUGAUGGCGGGCUCAUGAGCCAGUUGAGUUCGAAUCCGCUCUUCACAGGGGUAACAUUUCUCACACUUUUGUCGUGGGGAGGAGGAGCCUGAGGCGCUGACGGGAUUUAUCGAAAGGGAGUAGGCAUAAUCCUCCUGACCGCGGCCGCACAACUCGCCCGCAAGUCGGUGACGAGCCUGAGCGCACACCUCCGCAACCAGAUGCUCGUGACGCUGGAGAUCCCUUCGACGGAUAAGUCGUACGAUUGGUUUCUGCACUGGAUGUCGCAGAAUUCCUCCUCAUCCUCCUCUGCUUCCUCGCCUUCCCGAUCGACGUCCGGAUCGUUGCUGGGAUGGUUGAUGACCUUCCGGCCGGCCCCGCGCCACCUCGCCGUCGAGACAAAGUACGUCCAGCACGCCUCGGGCGGUAUUUCCACCCACUUCACGCUCCUGCCCGGCACCGGUCGGCACUUGCUGAAUUUCCGCGGGAACUUCCUGAGGGUCAAUCGCGAGCGCGAUGCAAAGCGAGUGGACCUCCAGCGCGGCACGCCCUGGGAAUUGAUCACCGUCACCACGCUCUUCACAUCCCGGAGCGUCUUCCCGGCGCUGCUGCAGGAGGCCAGGGACCUGGCCGUGAAGCUGGAGGAGGGCAAGACGAUAAUAUACACCUCCUGGUCGACGGACUGGAAGCCCUUCGGCCGGCCGCGGCGUAAGCGGCCACUAUCCUCCGUCGUGCUGAAGCCGGGCCUCAGCGGGGAAUUACUCUCCGACAUAAAAUCCUUCCUGAAUUCUGCCCGUUGGUACUACGAUCGCGGGAUACCCUACCGACGCGGAUACCUCCUCUAUGGCCCACCUGGCACUGGGAAGAGCUCGUUCGUGCAGGCACUAGCGGGCGAACUGGAUUACGGAAUCUGCCUGCUGAAUUUGAGCGAGCGCGGGCUGACGGAUGAUCGGUUGAACCACUUGCUGUCGAAUAUGCCUGAAAGGAGUAUCGCCCUCCUGGAGGAUGUCGACGCCGCGUUUGGCCGCGGAAGGGUCGUGACGGAGGAGGAUGGGUAUCGCGGCGCGAACGUUACCUUCAGUGGGCUUUUGAACGCCCUCGAUGGCGUUGCCAGUAGCGAGGAGCGGAUCGUGGUCAUGACGACGAAUCACCCCGGGAGGCUGGAUGAGGCGCUCGUCAGGCCCGGGAGGGUCGACGUUAAGGCUGAGAUUGGAUACGCGGGGAGGGAGGUUGUGGAGGUUAUGUGGGAGAGGUUCUAUGGUGGGGAGAGUGCAGACGGGGCGGUCGGUGGGGAGGAGUUGGCUAGGAGGAGGGAGUUGAGGGAGGCGUUUGUGAACAGGUUGGAGGCGGCGGGCGCGUUUGGGGGCAAGUGGGGGGUCAGCGCCGCCAGUUUGCAGGGGCUCUUCGUCUAUUUCAAGGGGGACCCCGAGGGGGCGGUGGAGAACGUGGGUAGUCUAGUGCCGGAGGGGUUUAGA